AUGGGUGAUGGGGGAAGGGGAGAGGAAGAUGAUUCGGAUUCAAAGGCCGUGGUUGUGAUGUCAGACGGUCAAAGUUCCAACUGCAAAGAUUCUCUAGAAAUUGGUGAUUUCUCAGAGUACGCACAUAAGGAGUUCGCAAUAGCUAGAGAAUGGAGACAAGCCGGAAUCAAGAUCAUAUAUGUUCAAGUGGGUAGAAAAGACCAACAAUUUGAAUCAAAUGUUGAAGAAAUCGCUGGCAACUCCGGGAACAUUUUUAAGGUGGACGACUUCGACAAGGUCGACAAGGACUUUCUCAGUGGUGUCGCUAAGAGAAUAUGUAAAGAAGAGGAAUUCUAA